UCUUUUAGCCGCCGCCAGAUGUCGCCAGUGUUGCUUUAUAAAAGUUAUGGCGGAUCUUUUCACAAAUUUUUAUAGAUUUGCCGUAAUUCGUAGGUAGAUUUGUAAUUAUCGGCGUCGAAAAUAAUAGCUCGUUUAACUAACGGUGAGUGCCCGGCGACCCACGUCACCCUGCCACCACGGAGGACCAAAUUCGCCAACGGGCGAGCGACACAGACUGACAUUCGACAAAUCGUCUCGGAUUUCGGUGGCCCAGCGAACGGAGACGGAGCGAACCCUCGAAAUUCGACGCCGUACUGCAUCUCACUCGAUCCACGCAUAGCAUGACGGAAUAGCUGUCCGAGAAAGUCUGUCGCCAACGGACUCCACAGACGGGGAAGCAGGUCGGUAGCGGGGCUGAAGAGCCGGCGCGCCGAGCCAGCACUAACCUCGCUUACGGCGUAGGAGGCUCGGAAAUGAACGAGGGUGCGCCGAUGAUGUACGGCGGUGGCGGCUGCGGUUACGGCGGCGCCGGCGUGUUCGUUCUAGCAGGACAGGAGCGGCAGUCGCGCCACUACCCGCUGGACGUGCUGCAGGUAUUGGGCGGCGCCGCGCCCGCGCCUGCUAGUACGCGCCGCGCGCCACGCAAAGAGCGCCCACCGCGCGACCCUCGCGACGCCACGGCUUUCGGCUACGACUCGGACGAUUCCAGUCUCUCCAGCAAUGCCUCCGGAUCAAACAAAUCUAGCGAGAAGGAAGGCACGUCACGCAGCAGCGAGCGCGUGGGCAGCGCUGGAGGCGGGUGGGGCGGCUGGGGCGUGCGCGGCGGAGAGUGGCGCGGGCGACGCGAGCGUCGAGACACGCGACCAAGGCACCGCAUCGCGCCAGAACGGUACCUCAACGCUGCAUACCCCUUCCAAGUCAAAUUCACGCCUGACGAGCUGCUCAAUGGAUCAGAAUGGGACACAUUAUCACAAGAAAUUUGGGAGAAAUUUGUCAAAUCACAACAGACUGAGGAAACCUUUCGUAAAAAGAUGAACCUCUGGCGAUAUCUCUACAUAACAAUAAAGUCAAUAUUCCCGCGCUACGGGCUAUACGUGGUGGGCUCGACUAUGUCGGGCUUCGGGCUGGACUCGUCCGACAUGGACCUGUGCCUAUACGUGCGUCCCGUUGACAACCUCGAGCCGCGUGCGCACGCUCUCUUACACCUCAACUACAUCCUCUCGUACAUCAAGAGCUUCGACCCUAGCCUAGACGCGGAGCUAAUCCAGGCGAAGGUGCCGAUCCUGAAGUUUCGCGACGCACGCAACGGUCUACAGAUCGAUCUCAACUGCAACAACGUCGUCGGCAUCCGAAACACCAAUCUGCUCUACGGCUUUUCCACAAUGGACUGGCGCGUGCGGCCGCUGGUGGCGCUGAUGAAGCUGUGGGCGCAGGCGCACAACAUCAACGACGCGCGGCAGCGGACGCUCUCGUCCUACUCGCUGACGCUGAUGGUCAUCCAGUUCCUGCAGUGUGAGUAUCGCGGCCGCGUCGACGUCGCCGGCGACGAGCGGAGAAUGACCACAUGCGUUGCAGGCGGCACGGUGCCGGCGGUGCUGCCGCGCGUCUGGCAGGCGGGCUGCGGCGGCUGGGAAGCGCUGCGAGGCACCAACCGCUUCACCCUGGCCGAGCUGUUCCUGCACCUGCUGCGCUACUACGCCGAGUUCCCCUGGGACAAGAUGGCGGUGUCGGUGCGGCUGGGCCGGCCCGUGGCCGUGGCCGAGUGCCGCUGCGCGCGCGCGCACAAGAACGACCCGCACCAGUGGAAGCUGCUGUGCGUGGAGGAGCCCUUCGACCUCACCAACACGGCGCGCUCCGUCUACGACCCCGACGAGUUCGAGCGCAUCGUGCGCACCUUCCGCCUGGCGCACCAGCGCUUGGCCGCCACAAGGCGGCUGGCCGACGCCUGGCCGCAGCAGGCGCCGGCGGCGGCGCCCUUGCGAUGAUACCGCCUCUUUCUCUGUAUAUACUGUACAGUUCCAGGUUAAGUGGUACGGGAAAACGUGUCCGAGACCGGCUCUCGGCGCUUCCCAGUAAGGAAAGUGACGCGAAGGAGUGCGGACAAAUCUGUAGGUGCUGUACGGCGUCUAUCCGCCAAUGCUGUAUGAAAUUGGCCAGCGGGCAGUCGCGCAAAAUAUUCCGCGCUAUCGACCUCCUCGGGCUGUGAUAUGCGACUGAUUCCCCUACAAAUAUGUUCUAGAUAUAGUGUUGACUCGUACUUAGCUGCGCCGUAGCCGGAUCGCACGGCCAUCGGGCGGACUCGCGACUUCCAGUUCCUAGCUGAUGCAAUUACUCUCCACUACCAAGACUAGUUUCGCGAUUCAUAUUUCUACAUACCGCAAAUAUAUUUUAGACUUAAUAGAACAAAUGCCACUAUGAAAAAUUAUAUGUUUACAUUCCAUAGUGCCAUAUUGUCGAAUGAUUAUUAUUAUUGGUAUUGUUAUUUGUAGUUGUAAGAAUUGACAGUUUCUAAACGUGCAUUGUGUUCUUGAUAAGCUCCUCAGAGGCAGAGUGGUGAGUCGACUUCGGCCACCGCAUACGAGGAACAUAUUGCAUGUUUAGCAAUGUUUCAAUACCAAAGUACGACACUCGGGCUAGAAGGCAGAGAACCUUCGCUUUAGGCCACACAUAGUCAUAUCAGUGCAACACGAGGUUUUCGUUCUACUGGCCGGAGUGUAUCAUGCAUCCUUCGUUGUAGCAUACAAGCUGCUAGCAUAUCUAUGAGAAGCAUACACAAGACUGAACUCGCUUGUAUUGCAAAUACUCCUACGAACAGUCAGUAGUUAAGUUGCUAGCUAAUAUCGAUACUGCCUGAAAUUAGAAACAUUCAAAUACAGAAUGUUCUAUAUUGUUCCUUGUACAUAAUAGUGGUUGAACUCAAUUAGAGUAUCCCAUGGAUUUAAUUUAGAGUCGAAGCGAAUUAUGCCUCACGA